CUCUACCACGAAAGAUACAGCAGCAUUGCCGUAAUGUUCGCGUCGAUUCCGAAUUACAAGGAAUUUUAUGAUGAAACUGACAUAAACAAGCAAGGUCUCGAGUGCCUGCGUCUACUUAACGAAAUCAUUUGUGACUUCGACAAGCUCUUACUUAAGCCGAAGUUUUCGGGAAUCGAAAAGAUCAAGACGAUAGGUAGUACUUACAUGCUGGCGUCCGGUCUGAGCCCAGGAAAGGAGGGCAGUGACAGCAAAGAAUUACUGAAGCAACAAGAUCAUAAUGUGAUUGUACUCGUCGAAUUUGCUCUCGCGCUUAUGACGAUCCUAGAUCAGAUCAAUAGAGAUUCUUUCCAGAGAUUCAAAUUGAGAAUAG